AAACGAUAUUAUCAUAUUAGAGGUUCUUCGCUUCUCAGGGGUUUCAGAAGGAACGAUGAUGAAAGGAGGAGGAGCUAUGAGAGCUGCAGCCAAGGUUGCCAGUUUCGGCGUUAAUGGCGGUUUGCGAGGUGCCCCGUCAGUGCCUCUGGCAGAGCAGUCGAUGGCGACCACCGCUGGAAAAGCUUCAAGGCCUGCUACUUCUAUCUUCUCUUCUGUGGCCGCAGAAGAAGGGAGGUCCUCCGUGAUGCUUUCUUCUCAAAAUGGGAAGAUUGAUGCAUCGGUUCAGAGGCCGUUGUGGGAGAUCGAUGACUGGGAAUUCGCUGGCGAUGAAGGCGACCUACUUUUGGAUUCGACCGCUCCGAUGCCUAGAGUUGUCUUUGGAGAGGUUCCGACAUUGGAGGAGGCCAAAGAGGCAACUUGCGAUUUGAAAGAUGCCCUAGACCAGGUAUAUUUUUCUUCCAAUUCCAGUGGAGUUUCGGAAACCAAAGCUUGUAUCUCUAAGGAAACUGUGGUGGCCAGUCCCUCGGUCCCAAAACCUGCCCUCCAGGCAUUCUUGUUGCUGAAAGAGAGUCCUGCAGCCCAGAGUGUUGUUGCUUCGCUUGCCUCUGACAAAAAUGUCUGGGAUGCUGUGAUGCAAAAUGAGAAAGUUAUGGAGUUCUUCCUAUCUCAACCGACAAGUGUCCUUUCCCAUGACACGGAUAUGAAUGACAAGGAAUCAUCCGCAGAUAAUGGAUUUUAUGACCCAAAGUCUGAUGAGGAGUCUUCUGGAAGCUCUGUAAACGGGUUCAUUGGCUUCAUGGAAAACAUCAGGGUUACAGCAACAGAGAUGGUGAAGAAUGUGUCUGAUUUCAUCCAUAGCCUCUUUGGGGGUUUUGGAGCAGGAAAUGCGUCUGUGGAUGAAAAGAGCAGCGCCAGCAGUGGAAUGCCCGUGGACAAGAUAAUGGGAGCAUCCUUCAUGGGAUUGGCUGUCUUAGCAAUUAUGGUGGUGGUGCUGAAGCGUGGGUAGAUGGUGCUUUGCUUAUAAAUUAGCCGACAUUACAUGUAUAAUCUCUCUUCAAAACUUGCUUGUUAAAUUCUUGCUGUUGGAUUGUUGAUAAUUGCUGCAAGUUUUAGCUUAAUCGUACAAUACACAAAUACUGUACUUGUUUCUGGUCAAAUGAUGUAAAUGUUUAU